AUGGUCCUCCCACGCUCCACCGCCGCCUUUCGCACAUUCUUCUCUGCGCAAUCGACGAGAGCAGCCUCCCGCACUGCUCGGUCCUCCCGGGCCUGGCAGCAGGCUAGCUGGCGAAACUAUGCCACGGAGGGCGCCGCAGCGCAUAAGUCCAGUAGUGAUAUGCCAUGGCUUAUUGGUUCAGUUGUAGUAACUGUGCCAUGCGCGUAUUUCCUCUAUAAAUCCGGUCCUUCCAAUGAAGGCCACGGCCACGGCCCGUCCGGUCAUGCUGAACACGUUUCGGGACAACCCCAUGUCGAGUCGCAUGCUGCCAAGCCUGAAGAAGAGGAGAAGCUUGGAAAGGCCGAGCUUCUAGAGGAGCAAGCGCAGGAGCAGGAGACUCCCCACGUUCCAGUUUCUGAAGAAGAAAAGGCUGCUCCGGUCGCAGCUGACGAGGCCCGCAAUAUCAAGGAACCUGGAUCAUACGCCUCCAUGUCCGGAAAGCAAGCGGGCCUUACGGGCGGUGACACGCACCAUCCUAUACUCAAGGAAGAAGAAUUGGCAGAGGGUAACGUCGAGUCGGCCCGUGCAAAGGGGACCGUCUCAAGCGAUAGCGCGCAACACACCAAAUCCGAAAGCGAGGCUAAGGCCGACUAG